AUGUUUCGUAUGAUGCCGGUAAUACUGACGUUUGGAAAUCAAUCGAUCAACACAGUCGCAUUUUUGGACGAAGGUGCCUCAGUCACGCUUAUGGAAAAAUCUCUAGCCAAAAAAUUAUCGUUGAAGGGUGAAAAAGAACACCUCACUAUCAAAUGGACAGCUGACAUUUCACGGAUAGAGAAAGACUCUAUGCGAGCAAACGUAAAGAUAUCUUCCGUCACCGAUGGGAAAAAAUGGCUUCUUCAAAAUGUUCGCACCGUUAGCGAGCUUCUCUUACCAAACCAAAAUCUAAAUGUCAAGGAAUUGAUCAAUCAGUACGAUUAUCUGCGGGGGCUAUCAGUGCAAUCGUACGGAGGAGACCGCCCGGGAAUUCUUAUCGGCUUGAACAACCUCAAUCUGAUUGCACCGUUGGAAACUAAGGUUGGCAAAGCAGGAGAGCCCAUCGCAGUACGAUCCAAACUCGGAUGGACGGUCCACGGGCCCGUAAAGGAUUAUGUUUCUGGCAAUGCGAAUGAUUAUUUCCACGUUCAUGCAGAGCCGACAAACCAAGAAUUUCACGACCUCCUUAAAUUUCAAUAUACAUUAGAAGAAUCGGUUUUCAAAACUCCUCGUGAAUCCCACGAGGAUAUGAGAGCUCGAAAAAUUCUCGAGUCAACUACGGUAAGAAUCGGUGAUAGAUAUGAAACUGGCUUAAUAUGGAAAACAGAUGAUCCACAUUUUCCGGACAGCUACUGGAUGGCUUUAAAACGCUUUAAACAACUCGAAAAACGGUUCUCGUCGAAUCCGGAGUUGCACAGCAAGGUCUGCAAGCAAAUCGUCGACUACCUACAAAAAGGUUAUGCCCACGUCGCCUCUGCAGAUGAAAUAUCAUCAACGGAACCUCACAAAGUUUGGUAUUUGCCUCUGAAUGCUAUCACCAGCAAAAGUAAACCGGGAAAAAUUCGUCUUGUGUGGGACGCGGCUGCCCAAGUGAACGGAACAUCGCUUAAUUCUCAGCUUUUAAAGGGCCCAGAUAUGCUCGUGUCUCUACCGGCUGUUAUUAACAGAUUCCGGGAGCGUCGUGUAGCGUUCGGUGCAGACAUUAUGGAAAUAAAAAAUCCCUCGGAGCCGGUGCAAAUUUACGUUAUGGACGUUGCAAACUUUGGAGCAACCUGCUCGCCUUGUUCCGCUCAAUACGUGAAAAAUCGUAACGCUGAAGAAUACGCUCCAAACUAUCCAGAAGCCUCAGCAGCUAUCAUAGACAACCACUACGUAGAUGAUUACUAUGAUAGUGUAGAUUCAUCUGAAGAAGCAAUCGAACGGAUCGCGCAAGUGCGUCUCAUCCACAGUAAAGCUGGGUUCUAUAUACGAAAUUGGGUAUCAAAUUGUAAAAAAGUCCUCGAAAGCAUCGACGAAGUGAAAGUAGAUCAACAAAUCCACUUCAACAAAGAUAAGCAGACUGAAAACGAACGUGUACUGGGCAUUAUAUGGAACCCUCAAGACGACGCCUUUUCCUUUUCAACUGCCCAUCGACAAGAUGUUCUGAAAUACCUCAACGGAGAAUCCAGACCAACCAAACGGAUUGUAAUGAGCUGCAUCAUGGGAUUUUUCGAUCCCCUUGGCCUUCUGACUCCGUUCACUGUACACGGGAAAAUCCUGAUACAGGAACUCUGGCGGGCGGGCUGCGAGUGGGACGAGACCAUAAACGACGAGUCGUGGGAAAAGUGGCAACGCUGGAUUUCGUUACUCCCUCUUGUAGAGCAAAUACAAAUAGAUAGAUGCUACCUGGGAGACCUUCACUCUAAGGACGUGGAAUCAAUAGAAAUUCACGCGUUCUCUGACGCUAGUGAGCAGGCAUAUGGUAGCGCCGUUUAUUUUAGAAUUUCGUCAGCGGUAGGAGUGAAAUGUUCUCUCAUAAUGUCACGAACCAAAGUAGCACCGUUGAAGCGAAUUUCGAUCCCGCGAUUAGAGCUGAUGGCAGCAUUGCUUAGCGCUAAUCUAGUUAAAUCUGUUCUUCAAAACCAUAGCUUGAAGGUUGAGCGUUGUUUCUUUUGGACAGACUCGCAGACUGCCUUAAGCUGGAUUCAAUCGGAUCCACAUAAAUUUCAACAAUUCGUUUCGUUCCGAAUAUCGGAAAUCCAAGAACUUACAAAUAUCUCCGAUUGGCGGUGGAUAGCAAGUAAGCAGAACAUCGCAGAUGUACUCACCAAAUGGGGAGUGGGUCCACCCUUACAUUGCCCCCCGUUUUUAUAUGAACCAGCGAACCAAUGGCUAUCUGAAAACCAAUCGCUUACUUGUACACAGGAAGAAAUGAAAUCGGUUUUCCUUAAUUACCACGAAUGUCACUCUCAUAAAUUCGUUAUCAAUGUGGAAGAUUUUUCUAGUUUAAAUCGAUUACUUCGUGUCCUGGCAACCGUUUACAGAUUCAUCUGUAACUUAAAACGAAAAAAAGAACAGAAACCCAUAUGGUGUGUGAAAGCGGAAAAAGGGCUAGUGAAGUUGAUUCUGGCAAACCUUUCUACGGUAAUAUGUCCACUACAACAAGAGGAACUGCUGAAGGCUGAAUUUGUGCUGUGGAAAAACACUCAGUUAGAAGCCUUCCCAGACGAAACCCACAUAUUGUCUAAAAUUGAAAGCGGCAGCAGAAAUUUAGGUAAGCCACUUAUUAGUAAAACUAGUCCCCUGUAUCAGUUGACUCCUAUUAUGGAUAUCGAAGGUGUUAUUCGCGUGGGUGGCCGCUUAGCCUACGCAGAACACAUACCCUUCGAUAAAAAAUACCCUAUUAUAUUACCAAAAAAACAUGCAGCUACUCGUUUACUAAUACAAAGCUACCAUGAACGUUAUGGACACGCCAAUCGCGAGACAGUAUUCAAUGAGUUAAGGCAAAAGUUCUACAUUCCGGGUUUACGCACAGCCAUUCAACAAGUAGCAAAACUUUGCAUUUGGUGCAAGGUAUACAGAUGUCACCCGGAAGUUCCCCAAAUGGGCCCUCUGCCUAUACAAAGAGUUACUACUCAAUUCGGUCCCUUUAGCUCAGUUGGAGUGGACUACCUAGGACCGAUCGAGGUCACUGUAGGAAGACGUAAAGAAAAAAGAUGGGUAGCAGUGUUUACUUGUAUGGUUAUACGAGCUGUUCAUUUAGAGCUUGUCUUUAGUUUAUCAACUGAAUCCUGCCUUAUGGCUCUACGAAGAUUCAUCUGUAAACAAGGAACGCCAAACGAAUUCUUUUCAGAUAAUGGCACUAAUUUUGUUGGGACGUGGAACGAACUUCGCAAGAAGAUUGACUAUGAAUGCGCUGAAACAAUUAUAAGUUCUCAUAUCAAGUGGACUUUCAAUCCACCCGGAACCCCUCAUAUGGGCGGCAUAUGGGAACGAAUGGUUCGUUCAGUUAAAGAAUCAUUGAAAGCUUUCGACGAUGGUCGUAAACUUACCGACGAAAUCUUAUUAACAACUUUAGCGGAAGCUCAAGAUAUGAUAAAUAUGCGUCCACUCACCUAUGUACCCCAAGGCCCGGCGGAAGAGGAAGCUUUAACCCCCAAUCAUUUCCUACGGACGGUGAAGAAAGCGGAUGGCGACCCUGUUGACGAAACUCAGUUAUCAGAUGCACUAAAGGAUAUUUUCAAGCGGUCUCAAUACCUGGCCGACCAAAUGUGGCAGCGGUGGUAUAAGGAAUAUCUUCCAAUGAUAAACAGACGUACUAAAUGGUUCGAGGACCGAAAGCAAAUAAGAAAAGGCGAUCUGGUAUUGGUGGUUAGUGGCAAGAAUCGAAAGCAAUGGGUAAGAGGUAUCAUCGUUGAAUUGUUUGAAGGACCUGAUGGGCGCACUCGGCAAGUUCUGGUACGGACCGCAAAGGGAAUCAAUCGUCGAGCAGUUGUGAACUUGACCAUUUUGGAGUUAGACACAGGAAGUAAGUCCGGACAGCCAGAGGAGUCACCGGAAUUACGGGCGGGGGUGUUGACACGGCCACAUCUGCACGAGCAAUCUACUCAUUCGACGAACAUGACUGGGUUAAAAACACCGCAGUAG